GCUUCAGCGAAGUUGGAAACUAAUCUCCUGCUCCAGAAUUCCAAACCCUUGCCAUUUGAUCUCAUCUCAUCGACCGAUUGCUGCGAUGGACUACGAGCGCGGCGGCGGGGGGCGUGGCCGCGGGAGUGGUCGCGGCGGCGGCGACCGUGGCGGAGGUGGCUACGGGCGCCACGGAGGAGGCGGCGGCGGCGGCUACGGGCCUCGCGGAGGCGAGUAUGGCGGCGGAGGAGGGGGCUACGGGCCUCGCGGAGGCGAGUACGGCGGCGGCGGAGGAGGGGGCUACGGGCAUGAUGCAGGCGGUGAGAGCGGAGGAGGAAGCUACAGGCCUCGUGGAGGUGGAGGCUACCACGGACCUCGCGGAGGUGGAGGUUACCACGGGCCUCGCGGAGGCGGAGGCGGAGGAGGCUAUGGCGCGGGCGGGCGCGGUGGCCGUGGCCCUGGCGGUGGCGGUGAACAAGCGCACGUGUCGGGCGGUGGGCGUGGCGGGAACGCGUGGGCGCCGUCCGGGAGAGGUCGCGGAGGCGGUCCUGCGGAGUACGUCCCGGUGAGGGCGCCUGCGCAGGCUACCGCGCCGAGGGGGAUUGCGUCCGUGGAGACGGCGAGCUCGUCAGGAUCCGUCGUGUCAAGCGGUGGCCGUGGCGGGAACGCAUGGGCGCCGUCGGGGAGAGGUCGCGGAGGCGGCCCUGUGGAACUCGCCCCGGUGAGGGCGCCUGCGCAGGCUACCGCGGCGAGGGGGAACACGACCGAGGAGGCGACGAGCUUGUCGGGAUCCGUCGAACACAUUGUAUCCAGUGAAUUGGCCAGAGUAGAGCCAUUAGCAUCGUCAUCAGUUGCCACAUCUGCUGUUGGCUUACGAGUGGCAAUGCAAAGACCUGAUGGUGGAGGCUCAUCAUUUCAGGCCAAGGUCAGGCUUUUGGUGAACCACUUCACUGUCAGCUACCGAGAGGCAUCAACCAUCUUUCACUACGACAUAAACAUCAAGCUUGAUCAAGCUUCUCCUAAGGCUUCAGGCAAAGAGCUCUCCAAGGCAGAAUUUCUAUCUGCCAAGGAUGAGCUCUUCAAGGACAACAGCUUUCGGCGGUUUUCUUCGUAUGUUGCUUAUGACGGCGGAAGAAAUCUAUUUACUUCUGCUGAACUGCCUGAAGGUUUAUUUCAUGUGAGAGUCCGGUCACGGACCUAUAUUGUAUCGGUGGAGUUCAGGAAGCAGCUGCCGUUAAGCCAACUUUCAGAGUUACCUGUGCCUAGAGAGGUCUUGCAGGGUCUUGAUGUCAUUGUACGUGAGGCCUCUCGCUGGCGCAAGAUUAUCCUUGGUAAGGGAUUUUACUCACCAGAUAGCAGUCAAGAGAUUGGGUGGGGUGUUGUGGCUCUGAAAGGGACCCAGCAGACCCUUAAACACACUCAGCAAGGGCUGAUCCUAUGCGUGGACUAUUCAGUUAUGCCAUUUUACCAAGCUGGACCGGUGCUGGAUCUUGUUCAGAAAUUUGAGAAGUCCCUUGAUUACAGGACAACACUGAAGAAGUGGCAACUGGAAAAUUUGGAGUAUGAGCUUAAAGGACGGCGUGUUACUGUGAUUCACAGGAGGACUAAUCAGAGGUACACUGUUCAAUGUUUGACAAAAUUGCCUGCCAGCCAGAUCACCUUUGUGGAUGCUGAGUCAGGGCAAACAAAGAGGCUUGUCGAUUACUAUGCCCAACAGUAUGGCAAGGUGAUUGAGUAUCAGAUGCUUCCAUGCUUGGAUUUGAGCAAGAACAAGGACAGACCGAAUUAUGUGCCAAUUGAGCUUUGCACUCUUCUUGAAGGGCAGAAGUAUCCAAAGGCAAACUUGGAUAAGAAUUCCGAUAGAGCACUGAAAGAUAAGGCCCUAAUCCCUGCAUUUAAGCGUAAGGAGGAAAUUCUGAACUUGGUGAAAGCUAGAGAUGGACCUUGCAGGGGGGAAAUAGCCCAGCAAUUUGGGAUUUCUUUGGAUGUUAAAAUGACAGAAGUCAUGGGUAGGAUCCUUCCUGCACCCAACCUAAGACUCGGCGCCUCCAAUGGCAAGACGUGUAAAUUCAGUAUUGAUCAGGAAAAGUGCCAAUGGAACCUUUUGAAGAACAGACUAGUAGACGGCCGGGAUCUUCAGUGCUGGGGCAUCGUCGACUUCAGUGCAUGGCCGUCUGACUGGCGAACCCUCAACAGAAACAUGUUUAUUGAAAAGAUCGUGAGGAAAUGCUGUGACCUCGGCAUCCGGAUGAACUCCAAACCAUGCUUUGAGCACGUAUCAGAAAUGGCAGUGUUCUCCAAUCCACAUCGACUGUACGAGGAGCUUAAUAAAGCAAAGGAGGUUGCAGCGACAAAGAAGCAGAGGCUGCAGCUCCUCUUCUGCCCGAUGUCUGAGCAGCAUCCAGGAUACAAGACACUGAAGCUGAUCUGCGAGACGCAGCUGGGGAUCCUGACCCAGUGUUUCCUGAGCCCCCUCGUGAACAAGCCACAGGGCCAGGACCAGUACAUGACCAACCUUGCUCUCAAGAUCAAUGGAAAGCUUGGGGGCAGCAACGCACAGCUGUUCGACGAGCUCCCACGGGUCGGCGGCGUGCCUUUCAUGUUCAUCGGUGCUGACGUGAACCACCCGUCGCCCGGGAACGUGGAGAGCCCGUCGAUAGCAGCCGUGGUCGCGUCCAUCGAUUACCCUGGCGCCAGUAAGUACGUGCCAAGAAUCCGCGCCCAGCCGCACCGCUGCGAGGUGAUCAAGCACCUCGGUGAGAUGUGCCAAGAGUUAAUCGGCGUCUACGAGAAGCAGAACGGCGUGAAGCCGCAGAAGAUCAUCUACUUCCGCGACGGGGUGAGCGACGGGCAGUUCGAGAUGGUCCUCAACGAGGAGCUGUCGGACAUGGAGAAGGCGAUCAAGGAGAACGGGUACGCGCCGACGAUCACCGUGAUCGUGGCCAAGAAGCGCCACCACACGCGCCUGUUCCCUAAGGACAGGAGUGAGCUGCAGACCAGGAACGGCAACGUGCCGCCCGGCACGGUGGUGGACACCGGCGUGGUCGACCCGUCGGCGUACGACUUCUACCUGUGCAGCCACAACGGGCUGAUUGGGACGAGCCGGCCGACGCAUUACUACAGCCUGGUGGACGAGCACGGGUUCGGGUCGGACGACCUGCAGAAACUGGUGUACAACCUGUGCUUCGUCUUCGCGCGGUGCACCAAGCCGGUGUCGCUGGCGACGCCCGUGUACUACGCUGACCUCGCUGCGUACCGCGGCAGGCUCUACUACGAGGGAAUGAUGGCGUCCCAGCCCCAGAGGAGCGGGUCGUCGUCGGGAUCGUCCUCCGGGGGGGCUUUUGAAGUCGGGACCUUCCCGAGGCUGCACAAGGAUCUGGAGAACAACAUGUUCUUCAUCUGACACCAGCUUUUCAUGGUCUGGUAGAAUCCUUACCACGUCGCAUUAUCGAAUGGUUUCAACUCUUAGUUUCGCAUGUUGUGACAUUUGUGUGUGUUUUUGGCUCUUACCGCAUUUGAGUGAAGUCCACGGGUCUAACUUUAGUUGAGUUGUUUUGGCACCCCUUUUACAGUCUGAUGAUCUGGUGUAGUCAUUUCUUCUGAUACAAACUCGUGCUGAAUAGUAGUACUACGCUACACCGUAUAGAGUUUGUUACUGAAGAUACUGUGUGGCAGUAGAUCAGCGAAAUGAAAGGGUCAAUUUUUAGUUGCUCUAAAGAUACUGUUGUACAUCA